UUAAUCGUCGUCGUGUGCUCAUAAGCUAACGUUCGGUUCUCUUUGAGAAGACGUACUCGUGCUUUAUUGACUGGAAGAAAGAUGGUUGCUGUAUGUGCAUAGGUAUCUGCAGUUUAAAAAUGUGUUACUUCUCGUGGUACAACUAGAAUUUUACCUCCAACAGAUCCUAAACAAACACAAAAAUUUGUUGUUGGUGAUCACGAUGGUAUACUACAAGUUUUUGGAAUGAAGAAAGGAGAAUUACAAGCGUUAUUCAAAUCUCUACCUGGACCAAAAAUUAAUAAAAUGAUUCUUGGAGGUUCUAUGGAAACAGCGAGAGAUAAAAUUUUUGUUGCCUAUGGAAAUUCUGUUAAAGGUUUUACAAAAAAGGGGAAAUUGUUUUUGGAUUUUGAUACAAGUCUGUUAGAUCCUAUUUCUGCUUUAUAUGUGCUUGGUCCAAAUCUAGCAGCUUGUGCUCGUGAUCUUUAUCAUAGAUAUUAUGAUUGUAAAGAUGCAGAUUCAUAUCUAGCCGGAGAGAUAUUACACGACGUCGUACUCUUACCUGGUGACAAUUCUAUGGUAUAUGCUAUUCUUGCUUGUGGGGAUUGUGCAGUACGUGUUUUACAUGGUACUAUGAGACCAACAGUUUUAAGAUUGCCAAGUAUUCCAACGGUGCUUGCUGUAUAUAGGGAAAAAGAAGUGGAAUCAACAGAACGUGUUUUGUUAGGAACUAUUGAUGGUAGAGUUGGUUUACUAAAUCUUCAAGGCAACAAAACAUUAAGAAUUACUUGGUUAAUUAAUUCUAUGGGAUCUGAAGUUACUUCUUUGGACACAUUUGAAUUACAAGAUGGUAUGGAUAUACUUAUUGGACGACAAGAUGGAAUCGUUGAAGUCUUUACAUUUCCAGAUGAAGAUACAUCACCGUGUCUACGUUAUCGUUAUAAUGCUGGUGAAAGUAUUAGCACUGUUAUUGGAGGAAUUAUUGGUGCUAUUGGUUAUCCUGAAGUUCUUGUUACUACUUACUCUGGUCGAAUAUUUGGUCUAACUACUAAACCUCCUGGCCUUUUAGAAGCUGGACAAAGCGAUACUGUUAUAGCAAAAUUGAAACUUGAAAUACACCAAUUGGAAGAAAAACUUGUUGAGGAAAGAGAAACUACUAACUUCACAGCUGAUCCUUUAGCACCUUUAAUAUUAGCUGUGAAACAUAGAAUGGCUUUACAUGAAGAAGAUGCAUCAUAUUCACUUUCAGUAGAAUUGGAUACAUCAAUAGAUAAUAUUCUUAUACAAUCGAACACACCAAUAGUUUUAUUAGAUGUAGAAAAUAAUAGUGCAGUUGUAAGUUUAUCUAUGUGCAAUCCAAAGGAAGGAAACUUUGUACUUGCUACGUAUAGAUGUCAAAUCAACACCAAUCGCCUCGAAAUGAGAUUACGAACGAUUGAAGGCCAACCAGGUACCUUACAAAUUUACGUUACAUCACAGGUGCAGCCAAAAUGUUGUCGUAGAAUAUCAAUACCUAUAUAUGCUUUAUCUUUACAUAAAAGACAACACAUAGACGAUGCAGAUACAUUACCAGAAGGACCUUUCAACGAAUUAAGAUUGAGCGGUAGUUUUACGAUUGCCGAGAUGCAUGCGUGGCUUUCUCUCGUAUUACCUGACGUUCCUGAAAGACCUCACUUAUAUGAAAACGACGCUAUCUUAACCUAUAAAUCUUCUUUUAUCGGAACAAUAUUGAAGUGUAGAUACAAGUUAGUUUUUAAUAGUUUCCAAUUUGUUAUAAAUAUAUCUUUCAUUUUUUCAUUUAAUUACAGAAAAGGAAAUGCGAUAUUUUCGGGAGAAAAUAUAUCAAGUAUUAUAAUACUCAGAGAUAUACUUACAAGGGAAGCGACGAAACGAAAGAUCAAGUUAGAAGUAUUUUGUGAUGUUGCUGUUGGAAGUAUCUCUAGAGUAUUGGAACUUAUACGACCUCAAUUAGAUGCUGUCCAUGAAUUAAUUGAAAAAAUUAAGAUUUUAGAUGUUCUUGAAGAAUUUGAAUUAAAGACAAAUCCAAAAGAAAAUUUGUGUUCACAGUAUCAAGAUUUAAUUGCAAAUGAACAAAAUAUUAGAUCACAAUUGGCAAAGGAUCCUGAAAUUUUAAACAGAUUACAUGGUGUAAUAACAGAUUUAUAUGUUGACUGGGAACGAGCAAAAGGAGCUCGAAGAAUUAACAGUAAAUUUGCAGCAGAAAAAUUAAAUGAUUCACUCGAAUCAAGAGACUUUCUUCAACUUUUACAAAUUUUUACGGGUAACGCUAUUUCCACGUGAGAUAUUUAAGUUGAUAAAAAUAUUGGAUGAUAUAUGUAGG